AUAAAUAUGUAACAAUUAAUUUAUAAAUAUUAGUAUAGUAUUUAACUAUAAAUAUGUAACAAUAAUUUCAUACUUUAAAAUAUAUGAAUAUAAACAAAUAUGAACAUAGUUUCUAUAACUUCUUGUACCGAAUGAUAUAAAUUUAGCUGAAUGUUUAUAAGUUUAAUAAUCAUAACAUAUAAUUUUAAUAAUUAUAACAAAACUAUUUACAUAAUUUUAUUUUAAUUUAAUAUAAUAAAAAUUUGAUCAAAAUUUACUUUACAACAAGUAUAAACAUAUUAUAUAACAUAGUAUAUAUUAAUAUUUUUUAUAAAUACAAAGUUUGAGUACUGGUUGUGAUAUUUCCCUGAAAGGGUGUGACAACUGUUAAAAUUAUAAUGUAUGACGCAAAAAACGAUACAUGAUUGCCUCAGACAUCGAAAGUAACAGGGCUGGGAAAAGUUGAUGUGAACAACGCAAUUCAUUUCAACAUGUAAAGGUUGUACAAUAUAAUGCUCCAUAUGUUAAUUAUAUAUCAAAUAACAUUCUAUAUAGGAAUGCAGCCAUCGUUAGUAUCUUCUGUUACUUCAGUUUCCAGCAGUGGUGUUUCAUCAGAGGAAAAGGUACCUCUUGGACAUGGAAUUUUCUGCUCCAAAGCUGCUUACAAUAAGUUAAUAAAUAUAGAAAACAAUCACGCUGACUGGGCAUAUGCUCUGCUCAAAGAAGUCUUUGGAGAGAAAGCACAUCGUAUGAGGGUGCGAGUUAGCAGCAAAUAUACUGAGAACGAGAAGUUUUCUGAAAACUUCCUCAUGGUGGCCAAGUUCUUGCACCGCAAUUGGCUUUCGAAUCAAAAAAUUCGGGAUAACAGUGGGCAGAUGCAUUCAAAAUACUCACCUGCAGAAGUAGAAAAAUACGUAAAUGCACUCCCUGCUUAUCUUGCGGAUCGGGCUUAUGAUAUGCAAGGUCCUCGAGGCGCCAGCGUGAGAAAUGCCACUGAGCGCAAGCAAAAUGGAUCCACCACGAAACGAAGUUAUAAAAAAAGAGGAUAGCCACUGUCAUUGGAGCAAUUAUCGCAGCCAUCGCUACACCAUGACCCGAUCUCAUUAGAGUCGUCAUCAUUGCAGCAGUCCCAAGAUGUCGAAAAUGUACAGCAACAACUACCGCAGUCAUCACACCACGAUCCGAUUUUAUCAGACCUAUUAUUACAAUCCCAAGACGUAAAAAAUUUACAAACUUAUUUUAUUCCGCCACCAACAUCAGUUGUAGAAUCAACGGAAUUUCAACAUAUUGAGACUACUGCAACUACGUUCAUAAAUCUUUGAUAUAAGAUAUUAUAACAUAAGAUUAUAACAUAGUGAGUAACUUAAUUUUUUUUAUAAUAAAUGAUAUUUUUUAAUAUAA